GAAGAAAACACAUUGGUUCCCCUGUGCCAGAAACAGAGACACAGAAAUGGUUCCUUGGAAUUCAUUUCCAUUACAAGUGAUUUACCAACUACUGGGUUGGUUAGCUUUCCUUUCAUGGGCCACUGCUGGCUACCCUCAAAUCAUCUUGAAUUUUCGUAGAAAAAGUGUUGUGGGCUUAAGCUUGGAUUAUGAGAUUCUUAACUUCACUAAACACUGGUCAUAUCUGAUAUACAACGCUUCCCUCUUCUUUAGCCCUGUAAUUCAGAAGCAGUAUUUUGAGAAGUAUGGUUAUGAUCAGAUGAUUCCUGUAGCUGCUAAUGAUGUUGCUUUCUCAACUCAUGCAGUCAUACUAAAUUUAAUUAUAUUAUCCCAAAUUGCAAUGUUUGAACGUGGAAAUCAGAAGUUUUCCAAAUAUGCCAUUGCUAUAGUUGCUGCUGUGUGGUUUAGUGCUGCUGUUUGUUUCUUCAUAGCAUUACCUAGCCAAUCUUGGCUUUGGCUAAUCUCCAUCUUCAACUCAAUUCAAGUAGUUAUGACUGUCAUCAAAUACUUUCCCCAGGCCUUCAUGAAUUUCUUGCGGAAGAGCACAGAUGGAUUUAGCGUUGGUGGUGUUCUCCUUGAUUUUUCUGGAGGGGUAUUUAAUUAUUCACAAAUGGUUGUGCAGUCAAUAGAUCAAGGUACGUUGGUUAACUUCUAUGGAAACACUGGGAAAGUACUCAUAUCCUUGGUAACUAUAGUCUAUGAUUCUAUUUUAAUGUGUCAACAUUAUAUGCUAUAUGGUGACAAGAAAGGGCAUACUCUGAAAAACUGUGAAGAAAUCAAGGAACCAUUAAACUGUGCAAGUCCAAUUGAUCAACAUAUCAAAGGUGUAGUUAAAUCUUCACAUCAGCCUCCAGCAGAAGUGUGAAUGAUGUUGAAGAUGGAUAAUGUGUACAAUGCCAACGUACCAUGCUUUGAAUCAAGCACAGUACGUGUA